AUGCCUCCAACGCAGAUGCCUCCACCUCCUCCUCCAGCGGCUGCACCUCAGCCUGUCCCAGAAUGUGCAGUUCAUCCGGAUUUGCGUGUGCCUUCAUAUGCCCCAUUUGCGAGAUAUACGGUGGAGGAUUUGCUUUCCCAGCCUGGUCGGGAGGGUUUGGAUGUUCUAGACCCCGAUAGACCCCCGGGAACUUAUUGGUUUGGGGCUAACAACCGUGUUGGCAAGAGCGUUUCGAAGACGAUUAAGAGUUAUUACGACGGGGCAUAUCCGAACUGGAGCAAGACACCAAAUCACGUUAAGAUCACUUGGUUUAAAUGUUUUGCGCAAAGGUGGCGUUGGUGUUUGGCAAUCACCGAGAGGGUGAAGGCGGAAUUCGUUGCAAAAGCAAAGAUCCGCCUCUGCAACACAGUCUCCGAUUGGAAGGACAAGUGGGAGAUCUACGGGUAUGAGGGAAAACCCACUGAGCUCACGAAGGAUGUGUGGGAUGGCCUCAUCGCCUAUUGGCAGCACCCCUCUUCGAUCAAAAAGGCCAAUUCGUGCUCGGCUUCUCGAAUAACUAGGGAUAAAGAUGGUCAUUUGCCCAUGCUUCACAGAACCAGACAAAAACCUCUUGCAGGAAUCCGUCUAGAAGCUGUAAUACGAGAAGAUGGGAGUUGA